AUAAAUCGGGACAAUUAGAAUCACUGGAAUAUGAAUACAUAUGAGACGGAUAUUCACAGAAUGGUCAAAUACACGUAUGAAAUUUAGACUUUAUUGCAAACAGGAAGAAAUUAUUUUAUGAAGACUAUUGUCUUAAUAUAUAUUAAAUUUUGAAUGACAGUAAUUAUUCAAGAAUAAUAUUUAUUAUUACCAUUUUUACUGUUAUCAAACUUUUACAAAAAGAAUGAAGUGGAUAACUAAAAUUGCUUAUGGCACUGGCCAAAUGCUUAAAGAUCUUGUCGCUGGAGUUAUCAGUAUAUUCUACAUUGUAUUUUAUGAAGGGUGUAUUAGUUUAAGCAGCUCACAGGUUGGCGCAUUAUUACUAGCUGGUCAGAUUGCUAAUGGUUUAGCCACACCAUUAAUCGGUUUUCUAUCAGAUCGUCCUGUCAGUUCAAAUAAAUUCUCCCGCAGUAAUGAUCAAGUGAAUACAUCUGAUAAUGAAAAGGCAAUAAAAGAUAAAAGAUUUCUUAGUCGAAUGAAACGUCAGCUAAGACUUGGAAGAAGAAAAUCUUGGCAUCUCGGUGGAUGUGUUUUAAUGCUUAUUGCAUUUCCACUGAUGUUUGGCCAGCCUGUAAGUCUGAUUUACCUUCCUGUAUGGGCAAAGCUUGCAAUCAAUGGGAUCUUUCUUAUUUGUGUUCAAAUUGGAUGGGCAGCAAUACAAAUUCCUCAUUUAUCAAUUAUAAAUGAUUUAACUGAUAGUCAUGAUGAACGAGUACUAUUGGCUUCGUUAAGAUAUUUCUUCAGUGGUAUCGGUGACAUGUUCACUUUACUUGUAUCUUAUUACUUUUUUAUGUCAGAGAAAGCCAGUUCUCUUCAUCGGCAAUUAGUUAUUGAUAAUAAUCAUAAUCAUACGCUUAUAUCAGAAGUAAUGUCGAAUGAAGUUGGAAAGAAUGUAAAUUUAAUGAAUCAAACACAAGGCAGUUAUAGUCAGUCAUCAUCAAAUGUACACUACAAGAUAACAAUUGAAGAUUUGCCUAUAUUCAGGAGUGUUGCAUUAAUUGUCACUGGAAUCGGUGCAUUAUUUAUAAUUAUCUUCCAUUGUGGUGUUCGUGAAGGUAAACCAAAACCUUGUCAAAGUAUUAAAACGCAGCCUUGCAAAGAUGUAAUCAAUGAACAUUUUGAAAAGAAUACAAUUAGCAACAAUCAUUUAAAAAAUGAUUCUAAUGAUGAUACUAGUGACACCAAAAUACUCAAAGUAGAAUCAAAGAGAAGACGAACUUACAGUCUUUCAACAACUUUACCCUGGUAUGCAUGGUUCAGUCUACCACGAUUUUGGUUGAGCUGUUCUACAUUCAGUAUAAUGCGUCUUAGUGUAACAGUUUCCGUGCUUUACAUGAGUCCAUUUUUAUUGCAUACAAUGAAAAUGGAUAAGAGUAUAAUGGUUUCAGUCCCAAUGGUUACUACAAUUUGUUGCUUAAUCACAUCAGUCGGUGUACAAAGAGUUACAAAAUUGCUGGGAAAUUAUAUAGGCCCAGUUUUUGGUGUUCCAUUCAUCUUGUGCUUUUGUGUGAUAGCACACCUUUUGAAAUCAGCCAAAGAAAAUCUUAUAGCAAUCUAUUUUGCAGCAGCUAUUCUAGGAAUCGGUAAUACUAUCAAUAAUGUACGUGCUUUAGUUGUGAUUACAACACUGAUUGGUGUUAAACAAGUACAGACAGCAGCAUUUGUUCACGGGAUUGCAUCAUUUUUUGAUAAAAUAUUAACCGGUCUAUUUAUCCAAUGCAUACAAAUUUUUAUACCUCAAUUAACUUAUAGACAUAUACAAGUAUAUAUUGUAGGAAGUUUAGUUAUAGUCGGUGGAAUUCUCGCGACUAUUGAUAAUCUUAUGUACUCGGAAUCUGUAAAAAGCUUACAUCCAUCAUGUCGUUCAUGCUUUUGUGGAAAAACACAUUCACAUUCAUCACCCCAGUCUUCACUACAGUCAUCAUCACCAUCCCCGUCAUCGUCAUCCUCACCUCGGUCUUCAUCACCAUCAUCACCUUCGGUCUUGUCAUCAAUGGAACAUAGAAAUGGCGAAAACACUCCUCGUAAUAUUCAAAUUGCGUAUGAACCAGAUGAAAGUGAAGAAGAUAAGAGUGAACAUAAAGAUAAAUAAUUUUAUACUACUCACAUGCAGUUUAAUAUCAGUAGUAUUUUUUGUAUCCAUUCAAAAUAUGAUUUUGUUUUUUUCUUUUUGUAUUCUGAUUCUCUUCAGUCAACUGAGAUUUUUUACACACACCCCAAAAAAUCAUAGUGGUAAUUUUCACAACGAAUUUCACCUCCUAUUUACUCAUCCAUCUCUUCUCUCAUACUUGAUAACUCAGUCUCUCUCUUGUUUAUUCUCCUUUUUUAUUUCUAUACAUCAAAUGAUCGAUUCAUUUACUGACUCUGCAUUGAAUUGUUAAAUGAAGAGUUAAACAUAUUUGCAUUGUUUUUUUUUACGCUCCAUUAUAAGAAGACAUAAUCUGUGUAUAGAGAAUAUAUUGUGAAUAAAGAAAUUAGAAGAAAUUGUCUUGUUCAUUACGUUUUGUUUUUUGUUCCAUUUCACUAGGCUGAAUUCUGGUGAAAGGAAGUGUAAAUUUCACUUGAUAAAUUAUAUUGUCCAAAACGGAAACAAGUAUAUAUAUUUAUCACUGACUAGAAUGAUGAAUAGUUCACAUCUGAUUGGACACCAAUGUAAAG